UAUAUGUUUUGAAAACCUUGAGAAGCACUCCAUCAAAGGGCUGGUGCAGCUCUUCGAUUUCACAAAUUCAAUUAAGCCUAUCUUCAUGAUGAAUAAAAAAUCCUGGACACCAGUAGUGCUGCUCCUGGCUUUUCAUCUGCUCGGUGCUUCUUCUCAGACCACUAUUGGAUGGUUGAACAUCGAUUGCGGGAACAGUGUUGUACGCGUAGAUCCCACAAACUUACUGACAUGGGUCACAGACAAGGACUUGAUCCAAACGGGCAUCAACAAAGAAGUUCCACAAAAUCAAUCACUAGAAGAAAUGAACACCCUCCGAUCAUACCCAAAUCAGACACCACAAAAUUGCUAUGCUUUGCCUGUCAAUAAGCAAACCGUACGCUACCUGAUUCGGGUUGGGUUCUACUAUGGCAACUAUGAUGGUCUCUCGAACCCUCCAUCGUUCGAAAUUCAUAUCGACGGCCAAAAAUGGUCGAUGGUCAAAACAUCAACCGUGGGAGAAGGGCCAAUAUACCAUGAAGCCUUGUAUGAGACUCAAGGGUCAGGUUCUGUUAGUCUUUGCGUUGUGCAAGUUAAGGAUGGAGGGGUUCCCUUUAUUUCUUCAAUAGAAGCUGUUCCGUUAUCUGCUUCUUCUAAUCCAUUGUACCCUAAGAUGGAGACAAACAACACUUUCGAUUUAGUAUCCAGGAUAAACUUUGGUGGUGAUGAAAUAAGGUUCACAGGGUUAUUAUCAGAAAACUAUAACCGAAUAUGGACACGAGGAACAACUCCGCCAAACUGCAACGAAGUUUCUACCUUACCAGAUAUACUCUCCCCAGAAAAUGACCCUCCUAUUUCAGUGUUGCGCACCGCCAUAGAAUCAAUAGACCUUACCCAUCCAAUAACCUUGUCCGUUGGCCUCUCGCAAAUAACCCCCCAGUCAGCUUAUUUUGUGCUCUAUUUUACCGAAACGACAAGCCUACCUAAACCAGGCGACACCAGAAUCAUUCAGAUCAACAUCAAUGGUCAAAUGAAAUCCACAGUGACACUUGAGUUCACCAAAUGCAAGGUGAUCACAUUAUACCCUGUGAUCGUCGAGGGUACAACAAUUAACGUGACAUUGGCCUCGGCUAGUAGCUCCACCCUACCUCCGAUCAUCAGUGCAAUGGAAGUGUUCACAAGAGUGGAUCAUGAAAAGAAUUCACCUCCUCCUCCUCCUCCUUCUCCAGCCUCACAUGAAAAGAGUUCAUCUCCUCCUUAUUCUUCAUCAUCAGUACUAGAGGAAACUUCUUCUGUGCGCAUAUUUAUAUCGUUUCUUGUGUUUGUUUGUUUCUUCUAUUACUAGCUUGAAAUUUGCAUACAUAUUAAUUAGAUGAACGUAUCUUUCAUGCCAUUGUCUCUAAAAUGUCAUUGUCUAGCUACUAUCUACACAGGAAAAUGAUUUGCGACCUCAAUGAGGCCUAAGAUUUGUGGCUUCAAUCUUAGGUGUCAUGCCUUGUCAUCUACACACAUCACCUAUUUGUCAAAUCAUGUCAUGUAAUUCUUGAGAAAAAUAUCAUCUUAUCCUUCUAAAAUCUAAUGACUCUAAAUUAUUUUGGCUUCUUCUAUAAAAAAUAAAUAAAUAAAUAAAUUUGGCUUUCUUUCAUUUUUUGUUCUUUUCAUUACUCUCAUGCUUAGAUUUAAACAACAAUUUUUUUUUCUUCAAUCAAGAGUAGAAAAAAUUUCAUGUAAUUUAGUCAAUAGAUUUGCAUGUACAUUAGAUUAAUAAAUUUGCAGAACACAUGUAUAUGAAUUGAACCUUUGUUGGGUUCCUGCAAAUUUUAAAAAUAUAAUGUGAAAAAUACAUAUUCAUAUGAUUGUAUAUAUUCUUUUGUUCACUGUUUUCUUUUAUGUAGCUAGGGUUUAAACGUUAGAUCUAAAUUAGGAUUCAAUAACAAGAAGGCACUAUUCUCUCUCUCGUGGAAGAGGAGACCUAGGGUUUUUUCCAGUUUUCCAUCUCUGCGUCUCGUCCGGCGGCUCCCGUCCGAGGCAAGCCUCUGGCCUUGUCGAGGUAUGGUGAAUGCAGCCGGACGAGGCUUCUCUUGAGGCUAUGGCUCUGUAGGUUUUUGUGGGAAGGUGGCUGCUCUAUCUCUCGGCAUGGUGGUUGGGGCGGAGUUCUUGACACCUAAUCUCUUAUGCGCGGGGCUGUGGUGUACGGUGGUGGAGCUUCGGCGCUAGUAUCCAAGACUCGUUGGAGAUGAGAUUUGGAUCUGGCAGGUCGUGAAGACGAUGAGCAUGACGAUGCAAAUGGCGGCGCAGGAGUGGCGGCGCGGUCGUGCCGGCAUGGUCGUGGGGCCUUGAUCGAUCGGAAGUGAUGAGGCGGCUGUGCAUACAAUCGUCGUGCAGAGGAGCUUGGUUUCUGGGCUUAGGUCAGACCAUGCUUAUUGGGCUGGGAUGGUGACUUUCCUAGGGUCUGUUUUGUUGGGCUUUUGUAAUAGUUAGUUUUUACUUUCUAAUAAUUUCCUUUGUUUUAGGAAGCUAUGCUUCUAGGUUUUUUUAGUAGCGUCAUCGAGUCUCGUUUACUCUGCCUAUUUACUAUGUAGUAGUCAAUAGUCUAUAGGCUCCCUUUCUGAGCAUGGAACCGUCAAAUGAUUGGACCUAAUCUAUGUAUCACUGUGCUACUACCACAAACUCUUUAUCUACCCCAUGUUGGUAGAGGGAGGAUAUGUAAUGGCCCUUUCUGGCUUUCGAUGAAUGACAGU